UUUCCUGGUCAGUCCGUCUGAUGCUGGAGUCGGAGUCGCGUCUCUGAGGAUAAUCUCAUCGAUCUGUUCUUCUGAUUGCAUCGAUAUGAAGGCGCUAAUAGGGCUGCUGCUGUUGGUCUUUGGUCACGAUGUGUCCUCGGUGAUUCACUCUCUGCAUACUUUUGCAACGGCGUCGUCUGGACUCUCAACCUUCCCAGAGUUUUUGAUUGUUCAUAUGGUGGAUGAGGUUCAGAUUGAGUACUAUGACAGCAACACCCGGAGAAUCAUAACCAAACAGGACUGGGUGGACCAGGCCAACGAAGACCCAGGCUACCUGGAGAGUCAAACUGAAAGGAGAAAGGGUAACCAGCAGGUCGCCAAAGUCAGCAUGGGGAUUCUGAAGAAGCGCUUUAACCAGACAGGAGGUGUCCACGUAUAUCAGAGGAUGUCUGGUUGUGAGUGGGAUGAUGAGGAUGGAACUACUGAGGGUUAUCAGCAGUUUGGUUAUGAUGGAGAGGACUUCAUAUCGUUGGACCUGAAGACCAUGACCUGGGUCGCUCCAGUGCAUCAGGCUCUCACCACCAAACGGAGAUGGGAAGGCUUAAGAGGUUGGAAUCAAGAGUUGAAGAACUACUACGCCAAGGAGUGUGUUUAUUGGCUGAAGAAGUACAUGGCCUAUGGGAAGAGCACUCUGCAGAGAACAGAGCGUCCGCGGGUGUCUCUGCUCCAGAGGACCCCCUCCUCCCCAGUGGUGUGCCAUGCUACAGGCUUCUUCCCCAACAGGGUGGUGGUGUUCUGGAGGAGAGACGGCCAGGAGCUCCAUGAGCAGGUGGACCCCGGGGAGGUCCUCCCCAACCACGACGGGACCUUCCAGGUCAGCGUGGACCUGGACCUCACGGCCGUCCCACAGGAGGACUGGGGGAGGUACGAGUGUGUGGUCCAGCUGAAAGGCAUCGAGGACAUCUCCACCCCCCUGGACCCCACCCACAUCAGGACCAACUCGGGGGACAAGAGUCACAUCCUUGCUUUCAUCCUCACUGGUGUUGCUGUUGUUGUUGCUGUUGUUGUUGGAGUCUUUCUGUACCGGAAGAGGGGCGAUUUUGCUAAAAAGCGUCACAAACCAGUUGAUUCUGACACCAGCUCUGAGAACACUGAGGGGCAGAAACUGGCUCCUGAGUACCAACCUCUGUCCACAGGUCAAAGUUAAAUCAUGAAGAGGCUUCUCACGUUCAGCUUCCUAAACCAGGAUGGAGUGGAUCGCGGUUCAUUUAUAAUCCUUAAUAUCAGGCUUGGGACUUCAGCUAACUGCAGGGUCUGCAUUUGCUAAAUUACAAUAUUCAUACUUAACUCUAUUUUGAUAACAAUCAUCGAUCUGAAAUAAGUGUAAAUCAAUUCCAUAUCUCUAUUUGUGAUGGAUUUGAUUAACUCUGCCGCUUAACGUUAUAACCUUUUAAUUAUCUUAUAUUGUUUGGUAAUAUUUAAGUUUCAAAUAAUGUUCAAAGAUUCUGAAUCAAGAUUUUGGACGGUGAGUUUCGGUCGAGUUUCAAUACAAUAAUCGAUUAAUUUAAUGUGUUUCCUCAAAAUAUAUAAUUUGAGAGUUCUGCUAGCUAGAGAAUUGCAUUGCUGCAUAAUCGUGCUGGGCUGCUUUAGCCUUGAUUCUCUUUGCUGUAUUUUCUGCGUUCUUUGGGGAAUUGGAUGGUAUAUACUUGGGUUAUUCUGUCAAUAAAAUACAUAAAAAUCGUUUUGCCUAUUUAAUA